AUGUGCUGCGUUGGAGACGGAGAUGCUAUUGAUGAGGAAAAGAUCAUCCUUUGUUGCGCCGGAUGCUGCUUUCAUAUGGGUGUCUACACAGGAGGGGACUGCUGUGGAUGCACCGGUAAAGUUGGACUUUGCUGCUUGAACUGCGAGGUUUGCUGUCAACCAGGUGCCGAGUGUCUUCCCUGCAUUUGCUGUGGACCUGACGUGGAAUGCGACGGUAUGGCUUGCUGCAAGGCCCAGCUUCAUGCCUGUUGCUUUGCCAUUACCGCUGCCUUUCCCUGUGACGAGGAAGUCCCAGCUCUUGUUUCCGUUGCUGGAUUGACUCUCUACCCCAAGGUUGGAUGCUGCAUGCCUAUUAAGGAAGCUAUGGAUCGUGCUGAAUAA